AUGCUAUCGCAACCUCAGAUGCAAAUGGCGGAGGAUAAAAGGGAUGAAGGCUUAAAGAAUGCCGCGGCAUUCUUCGCCGGCUUGGCCAUAUACCAACUCGCGCACUUUGCUAUAUCUGCUGGUAACUUUUCAGUCGUGAGAUUCCAAAUACCGCGUAGCCUAGUUGGUCUCUACAUCAACAGGUUCAUCAUCUCAUACAGAAUAGCAACAUUCAUCGGGAAUACGACCAUGACCAUUUAUGAUAUCUCCAGGGGUCCUUACAUGACAGGGAUUUCUAUAGCACUGCGUUGGUCAGAUGCGGUGACAUAUAUCAUUUCUCUGACAUCAUUUUGCUCCGGAGGUGCCCAGGGCAAUCUCACCCUCCACUACUGGGUUAUCGUUGCGGUCGAGCUCAUUAAUGGAUGGUCCUUUGUGGCUACUGUCAAGAUUGGUUCCAAGCAAAUGCCAUAUCUUCUUGCCUCGUUUCCCCUUUCUGGUAUUUUUGCGUCCUCGUAUCACCUCACAUUCAUCUUCUUCUGGGAAUUGUUUGGACUCUCUAAUACCUUCUACUGGCUUGUUUUCUAUCAAAAGGUUUUGGCAAUCAUAAUAGCCACAGUUUCUGCUGUUUUAUGGACCAUGGCUUAUAAGGGUGAGACUGCUGAGCAGACAGGCCAGGAUGCUGAAGCACUUAACCUGAGCGGAGCCUGGUCUCCAAUUCUCAUGAUAGCGCUGGGAUACAGUCUGCAGAAUAUGUUCUAUCCCUCUAUAGCCCCGUAUAAAAUUAUUGGACUUGAGAGAGGAUACAGGAUUGAUGUUACCACCCUGAUCACUGGUGCCAUACCACCACUAACAAUUUUAGUUUUAAAACAUUUUGAACUUUCUCCUGACAGGCAAUGGAAAAGUCCACACGACAUAUGGCACUGGGUAUGGCCGUUGUUUGGCCUACAGUUGACAUGUGCAUUUAUUUUUAUACUCACCCUGCACUACCCGGACUGGUCCUUGCCCAGAACAAUGAGAACAAAUGUCUUUGUUCUUGCUCUUUUCACAAUAUCAUACGAUUUAUCAGCACAAAUAUUGAGAGUUGUAGGUUCAAAUGGAGCCAGUAGACAGACAAAUGGAAGCCAGGAUAACUCAAAGGUUGACACUUUUGCCACAUGUUUUUAUUCCUUUACACAAAUCAUCUUUGCCUUUCUAGGAGACGGAUACCUCAGAGUAUACUCCAAGUAUGAGAAGAAUAGGGAAAACUGGCCUACUAAACACUGUAACAAAAAAAGGGCAUUCUGGUUCUGGACUUGGAGUACUACAAAAGUAGCAUGCAAAGCCAUGAAAAGCGCUUUUACUAGAGAUGUUAGGGCUGAGAUUCAAACCAACAAGGAGUAUCUCUUUAUUGUCUAUGAAGAUGCUCCGCCUGAAUGUGAGAAUCACCUAUUUGAUCUACCGUUCAUUCACAAGACGGAAUCCUCUAAAGAUUAUUACAGCUUAAAGAGAGCAUACAUUUUUCACUAG